AUGGAAGAUGUUAUUGGUAGGCUUAAGGCAAUGAUGCUAUCACUAAAUACUGCCUUCUACAGACAGGAAAAUGCUGGAUGCUAUAGAAGUGGGCGACCAUAAUAGGUGUGUCAAAUGCUGGUUACGUCCAUGGAGUUACCAUCAAACAACUUAACUUCUCAGACUGUCACAGAGGAAAAGGUGAGUGCCACAGGAAAGAGGUAACAGUUAAAGUACACAUGACAGUUUAUCUAAUUGAAGGUGAUGACUUUGAAAAUGCUGGUCAAAUGAUUGAUACCACGAGACUGUCUGGAGGAAUACCUGGCCUUAAUUCUCCCAGUGUGAGUUGAUAGCUUCAAACAGUUCUACUCAUGUUAAAUUUGAUGGUGUUAGUGCAGUCACUGACAUUGAAUAUGGAGCAGAUACUACUACAACCUGCAAGGUUAUGGAAUUGCACCUGGUAAAGUAAUUGAAAUCAGCAAAUUUGAUGUUGACACUAGCAUCCCACUUCCAAAACUACGUCAUAUUAUGAGUGAUGAGCUAUCAGAUAAAUUCACAGGUGUCAAGUCGAUCAAAGAAAAACCUGAAGUGACAUCAAGUUCAGAUGAGUCAGAAGAAUCAGCAGUUGCUACAAACCAAUUAUUUGUCUGCCCCAAGGAAGGCUGUGUCAAGUCAUAUGCGGUUUUCUGCCCUAUAGGAAAAUCUUGACAGUGGCAAGCAUGAGCGCGUCUUGGAAUGGGAGACUUUGAUGGAUGAAGCGAUUCGUGGUUAUGCGGUCAGGCUAGAAGAACAAUCUGCAAAUGUUCCCAGCAAGCAACAGUGCUCAGAGACACAGACAACACCAAAUCUGCCUUAACGUCCUAUGGGAUGGGCUCUCAAACCAAGCCAGUCGUCGAGAACAUGAUUUACUGAAAAACAAAGACUAUCUUCUCAACAAGUUCCCAACUGGAGAGCAAACUGGUGAAAAGGUCGACUCUGCCUCGGGUUUCUCCCUCGAUGUUUAGCGCUAGAGAUGCAAAUGUAGUUAAGUUGUUCAACAGUGCGGAGUUGUUCACUGGUCAACAGGUAGCAAGCUACUUUUCCCAUUUAGUCUCCAAACAUAGAAUCCAAGGGUGCGACACGCAGAGCUAUCAGGAGCCAGAUGAAGAAAGCUUGGAAGCUGAAGUCAUGUUUACUGAGUUAAGAGAAGAAGUCAUUCUUAAUAUACAACCUACUCAUGCCAUCAUGUACGACAGCUAUAACCUGUGUGAGCUAAUGAAUGAAGGCCAACUGUUGAAGUUUACCAUUUCAAUGUUAGAAUAUGUAUCCAGUUUGAAAUUCCAACGUCUGACAUCAAAGGCCAAAGAAAAGCCCCAUACCCAAGUCCGAUUGAAGAGUUUCUGA